ACAUGCGCACGCGGUCUCAAGUUAAAAUCACCAUUGAAAGGGUCCCGUACAAUGUGUGGUUGGUUCUGAAUUACUAUUCAAAAGGUAACGCGUAUCAUACAUGCGGCGUGCCACAUUCAUCACGUGAAUGGUAUGAUAUUUCCCUCCUUUUAAUGGAGGGAUUGUAGUCUAAUCCUGUGUCGAGAAUGCUUUUCACUUCCUCACCACCGAUAGCAGAUAUAAUGGAUGCAGCUCGCGUCGUGCAAUUACUCGGUACUCUCUUGGCUGGGCCUGCGCGAGCAGAGUGGGGAGAGGGAGGGAGCGAAUAGCGGCGGCAGCAAGCCUCCAGCCCCGUAAUCGAGAAAGAAACGCGAAUUUACGCAAGAACGAAGUGCUGUAAUUUGCUUAGUUGGUGGGCUACAUCGGCUAAACUAAGUCCACCAGAGGUUCAGGCGACAGAAGGGGCCGUUUGUGGUGGCAACCUAAGACAUUUGGGAACUCCGUAGGAGCAAAACAACAACAGCACAAUACAGGAUUGCACACACAGGCAGUGACAAUAAAACAAUACUUACCGACAAGUAGACUGGUGGCUGCCGAGGGAGCAGGCAGGACUAGGGGAAAAAAGGAAUUAAAUACGUCAUCUGCCUCUCCCUUCAGGUAUUUAAACGUUAUUUUCAAAACCGCAAUUCUAGUAGAACUUUAAACUCAUGAAAACUCGUGUCUUCAUAGCUAGCUACUGUAGCUAACUAGCUUUGGCUAGAGUUUAGCUUACGAGUUUGCGUUAUUAGCUAACCACUAGCUAGUGCUAGCUGGCUACCGUUAAUGUGUUGUUUUCCAAUAAACUUUUGGUGUUGUUUUUACCAACCCAAACAGUGAGGGGGUGCUGCAAGACUAGAGGGGAAGGGCAGGUUCCCUUCUCGACUUAUUCCCCUCUACGUAUUUUCCGAAAAUGAUGGCAGCGGAGGUCAGUAGCGACGAUACGGGCUCUGUCUCGGCAGGGAAAGGGGUGGCGGGUGGUGGAGGCCCAGAGACGGCCCAUUUUCCGUUUUAUCCCAACCCGACCAGAAUGCGGGUCACUGAUUUGGGCCAGGGAGCUGCAACAAACCUCCGCCACCCGUUGAACACCUCCCCAGACUCCCCCCCUGAUAUAAGUAUGAUUUACCCCGUGUCUGGAGGAGAUACUGCCGGACCUGCCUUGUCCGCUACAGGGAGUGGCGGACAUGCAAUUAUUAUAGGAACAAGUUCAGGGACCAUUGGCAGUGUGUGCUACUCCCCCACCUCGGAGGGACCCGGCAUCCGGAUGUCACCCACCUCGGUGGGUCCCGACGGGUCAAGUGUCUUCCCCCCUCUGCCACCACCUCCCCCACCGCCCCCAGGCUACGGGGGACUCGGAACUGUGGAUGAAAGCGACAUGCAGGAUGGACCUGAAUACGAGGAAGAGGAGGUGGUCUUCCCCCUCUCAGCGCCGCCCACGAACCAGUGGUACCAUGGGAAGCUGGACCGGACCAUUGCUGAGGAGCGGUUGCGGCAGGCCAGGACCCCCGGCAGCUACCUCAUCAGGGAGAGUGACCGCCGGCCCGGCUCCUUUGUCCUGUCCUUUCUCAGCAUGACCAGUGUGGUCAACCACUUCAGGAUAAUCGCCAUGUGUGGAGAUUAUUACAUAGGCGGGCGGCGGUUCUCGUCCCUGUCGGACCUGAUUGGUUAUUACAGCUUCGUGUCUUGCCUGCUGAAAGGUGAAAAGCUGCUAUCGCCCGUGGCACCCCCAGAACCUGUGGAGGACAGGAGGAGAGUGAGAGCCAUUCUUCCAUACACCAAAGUGCCAGAGACCGAUGAGAUCAGCUUCCUGAAAGGGGACAUGUUUAUCGUUCACAAUGAACUGGAUGACGGCUGGAUGUGGGUGACCAACGUGAGGACGGAGGAGCAGGGCCUCAUUGUGGAGGACCUGGUGGAGGAGGUGGGACGGGAGGAGGACCCACACGAGGGCAAAGUUUGGUAUCACGGCAAGAUCAGCAAACAAGAGGCCUACAACUUGCUGAUGACAGUUGGCCAAGUGUCCAGCUUCCUGGUCCGGCCGUCAGACAACACACCCGGGGACUACUCCCUGUUUUUUCGCACCAAUGAGAACAUCCAAAGGUUUAAGAUAUGCCCCACACCCAACAAUCAGUACAUGAUGGGGGGGAGAUACUACAACAGUGUUGAUGACAUUAUUGAGCAUUAUAAGAAAGAGCAGAUCGUGGAGGGCUACAACCUGAAAGAUGCUGUUUCAGUGCAGCAACAGGAACAAGUGCUUUCAGACUUGGUGGACGGCAAGGAGAUCUAUAACACUAUCAGACGGAAAACGAAAGACGCUUUCUACAAAAACAUUGUCAAGAAAGGCUACCUCCUAUUCAACAAAGGCAAAGGCAAGCGCUGGAAGAACCUCUACUUCAUCUUGGAGGGGAACGACGCCCAGCUCAUCUACUUUGAGAGUGAGAAGAGGGCCACUAAACCCAAAGGCCUGAUUGACCUGAGCGUGUGCUCGGUGUACGGCGUGCACGACAGUCUGUUUGGCAGGCCAAACUGUUUCCAAGUUGUGAUCCAGCACUUUAGUGAGGAACAGUACAUAUUCUACUUUGCUGGCGAGACCCCUGAACAGGCACAGGACUGGAUGAAAUGUCUGCAGACGUUCUGCAGUAACCUUAGGAAACCCACCCAGCCCACCCCCAACAAGAGGCUCCGACAGGUGAGCAGUCUGGUCUUGUACGUGGAGGAGGCCCACAAGCUGCCAGUGAAGCACUUCACCAACCCCUACUGCAACAUCUACCUGAACAGUGUGCAGGUGGCCAAGACCCACCCUCGAGAGGGCCAGAACCCAGUCUUCACUGAGGAGUUCAUCUUUGAUGACUUAUCGAGUGAAAUCAACAGGUUUGAAAUCAGCCUGAGUAACAAGACAAAGAAGAGCAAAGAAAGUGACAUCUUAUUCAUGCGUUGCCAGCUGAGCCGACUGCAGAAGGGCCAGAUGAUAGACGAGUGGUUCCCUCUAAGCUCCCACGUGCCUCUGAAAGGCAUCGAGCCGGGCUCCCUGAGGGUGCGAGCCCGCUACUCCAUGGAGAAGAUAAUGCCUGAGGAGGAGUACAGCGAAUUCAAAGAGCUGAUCCUGCUGAAAGAGUUCCAUGUGAUCUAUGCUCUGGCCCAUGUGUGUGGGCAGGACCGCACCCUGCUGGCCAGCAUCCUGCUGCGCAUCUUCAGACACGAGAAGACAGAGGCCCCCUUACUCAGGACACUCAAUGACCGAGAGAUCAACAUGGAGGACGAGGCGACGACCCUUUUCCGAGCGACCACGCUGGCCAGCACGCUGAUGGAGCAGUACAUGAAGGCCACGGCCACACCCUUCGUCCACCACGCCCUCAAAGACACCAUCCUUAAGAUCAUGGAGAGCAAGCAGUCCUGCGAGCUGAAUCCCUCAAAACUGGAGAAGAACGAGGAUGUGAAUCUAAACCUAGCCCACCUCCUCAACAUCCUGUCUGAGCUGGUGGAGAAGAUCUUCAUGGCUGCUGAGAUCCUGCCCCCUGUAAAUAGGCUAUCAUCUGUCAUCGACGAUGACGUCCCCAUCGACGAUGGCUGUCAAUCAUUAUCGUCACCCGAUGACAUCAUUCAUCGGCCCAACCCUAAUAAGACUCUAAGGUAUAUCUAUGGGUGUCUGCAGAAAUCAGUGCAGCAGAAAUGGCCGACCAACACCACCAUGAGAACCAGAGUCGUAAGUGGCUUUGUGUUCCUGAGACUGAUCUGUCCUGCCAUCCUCAACCCAAGAAUGUUCAACAUCAUUGCUGACCCUCCCUCUGCAACAGCAGGCCGUACCCUCACAUUGAUUGCCAAGUCUGUCCAGAACCUGGCUAACCUGGUGGAGUUUGGUGCUAAGGAGCCCUACAUGGAGGGUGUGAACCCCUUCAUCAAAAACAACAAACAUAGGAUGAUCAUGUUUCUGGAUGAGUUGGGGAAUGUCCCUGACCUCCCUGAAGUUACAGAGCACUUUAGGACAGACCUGUCCCGUGACCUUGCAGCCCUGCAUGAGAUCUGUGUCUCUCACUCAGACGAUCUCCGCACCCUGAGCAACGAGAGGGGAGCACAGCAGCACGUGCUGAAAAAGCUGCUGGCCAUCACUGAGCUCCUUCAGCAGAAACAGGUUCACUAUGCCAUGUCCAACAGCAACAGGUAGUACAGCACUCCUCCCCUCUCCAUCCAUCCCGCCUUUUCCUUCGCACGGAGUUGCACACGGGAACCGACCAAGCAUGCUCCACUCAUCACCAUGGCAACCCACCCCUCAUCUCCGAAAGCCCCGCCCACCAUCCCGCCAAAAUGUCCCAUGCCAUGAGAACAGCAGCAAACAGAACCAGUACCUAAAAAAAACUUGCACCAGUGACAAACUGUUCAUGAUUCUGUAUGUAUCGUACCCCUUUUAUUACAAGGGUCAAAGAUUUUAUUUCAAAGCAAAGCAUCACAUACCCAAGACAUGUUUGCCAUCUCCAUUAUGAGGAAAGUCAAACCUGUUUCUUAUAACUGGAUUAUGAGCGAUAAUGCUUUUUAUACUGUAAUUUGACUGAUUCCUUUUAUGGUUGUGACAAUAGUGCUGAAACUAGCGUUUCUUGUAUGUCGUUUUAUUUUUAUUUUUCGGUUUUAGUUUGGAAAUGUUAAUACAGAAAGUGUCAAAUUCUCUUGCUGGAAUCAUGAGUAUAAUUGAGACAAACUGAAUUGUUUUGUUUUCCAACUGUAUCAUGUUUAGUUCAGUCUCAAUGCCAGACAAGAUACAUAAUCAAAGAAACAGCAGUACAGAUUGUAUCAGACAUGCAUGCACUUAUUAAACUUUUUUGUAAAGUA